AUGAAAAGUCAUCAUGGUAGUACUAAAUCGUCUAGAAGAAUCCUUACAAUGUUACAAUCGUUAUUGUUGGUGAUUGCAUUCAUUCAUUUGAUCACGGGUCAAGUUUUACCACGAAAAUCUGAAACUGAUAUUGAGCCUCCAUCAUAUAAAGUCCCCUCCAAAUAUAAAUCCGUUGAAGGAUAUUUCCAACAAACUGAUGACGACAUCGGUGACAGUGAUCCCCAAUCAAUAUUUAACAUUAAAAACUUCGGGUUAAACUCCAAAUAUCAGUGGUCAGAUAUUCCAGGGAUCUUAGAUGAUUUGAAUGAUGGUGAUGAUAUUUACAAACUUUUGUUCUUGGCUAGACAUGGUGAAGGAUACCAUAACAUUGCUCCAACGUUAUACAGUGAUCAAGAAUGGGAAUGUACUUAUCAAAUGCAAGAUGGUGAUGCAUCAAAAGGUAUCACCUGGUUUGAUGCUGAAUUGACAGAUAACGGUAUUGCAGAAAUCGAGAAAUUGGCUAGUUUAUGGAAAUCCCAAAUCAAUGACCAAAAGACUCCAAUUCCAAGUUCUUUCUACGUUUCCCCGUUAUCCAGAACUUUACACACUUACCAAUUGACUUGGUCAUCAAUUGUUGAUUCAAGUUCUAAUCCUCCUACUGUUAAAGAAUAUGCUAGAGAAACUUAUGGUCUUGGAACUGAAAGUAAAAGACAUCCAAAGAGUUACAUUACUUCCAAUUUCCCAUUUGCUAAAUUUGAAGAUGGAUUCUCUGAGCAAGAUGUUUUAUGGGUAUCCAAUAAACAUGAAUCUAAACAACAUAGAAAUUAUAGAGCUAACUUAUUAUUAAAUGAUAUUUUUAUUAACGAUAAGAAUAGUAUUAUUUCCAUUACUGCCCAUUCAGGAUUAAUUGCUUCAAUUUUGAAAGUUGUUGAUCAUCAAAAAUAUCCUUUGGCCACAGGUGAAGUUGUUCCAGUGUUGAUUAAAGCUUCCAAUAUCAAGAAAUUCGAUAUGCCAGAUUUAGACAAAGCAUGGAAGACACUUUCUGAUUAUUGUGAUUCAGCUUAG